UUUGUUGGUCAAUAAUUUUAUUCAGACCGAGCAAACGAUACCGGCAUUUCGACGACGUCCUCUGACAAGUCAAUUAGAAGGUAUACAGACUGGGGUGGUUUAUGCGCGCUCGGCGUGUAUGACAUAAUUAUUCGUUAUUAAGAACACUACUAGUGCACGUAAAACUCUGGGGUCUAGUACAGUUUACUCCAUUGAUGGGAGAGGAUAAAUUGCCGCGAAAGUCUUCAAUUUUGCUGCAUCAUGAUUCAUGUUAUUGGAAUAACAACAUUUGUACCAACAGUGGGAUUAUAAUUUGAGCAACCAAAUUGCUGGUACUCAACGUUUUCAGUGCUUGAAAAGAGAAGAGAGGAAACCCGAAUUGGAAAGAGGAUGAGGUUACCGAUGCCGAACUCAUUGGCUGCAGCAUUUUCACCGACGCUCUUGGUCAACUUGUUUUUCGCAAUCGGCGUCCUCCACUAUCCACAGAAGAAACGUCGACCAAUUCUUUCAGCUCUGUGGGCGGCAACCCAUGUCACGGUUUACAUGGUUUUUCUGAGUAUGGCAAAUUUGAUGGAGUUGAAGGAGUUCAUGGGUUCGACAAUUGCGGCCAGUAACUAUCGGUUCAACGGUUACUUUCAGACGAUCUUCAUCUCUGUUUCGAUGUUUCUAUCGCAGUCUAAGGAUCGGGUUACUACGAAAAUCGUGAUCAAGGCAAUGGCCAUCGAUGAGCGAUUGAGAGUGCUGGGUGUACCCCGUGAUUAUGAUCUAAUUUUUAAGGCUCAAAUUAUUCAGCAUAGCGUAGCUUUCAGCUACCUUUUCAUCUUAAUAGUCUUGGAUUUCUUUUACGUCGGUCUUGACUAUCCCAGCGAGUCAACCCGCAUCGGUUUUCUGCUGUUUGCUCAUUAUUUCUUGGUCUUCGCUUAUGUCAUAGAUUCUAGCUACACCAACAGCGUCAGUUAUUUCCGCAACAGGUUCAAGGGCCUGAAUUCACUUCUCGCAGAAACGGAUUUCCAAAGAAGAACUGAAGUGCAGCUGAUUCAGGAAUCGAAUAACCAAUUUUCACAAACCAACUCCUGGACAUAUAAUGAAAUCAUUGGGAAUGCGUUAUCCAUCAGACCUACAAACAACCAAUGGCUGUUGUACGUCACCAAAGAAAUAAGAACUAUACAUCGAGAUCUUUACAACACGACGGUGGAAUUGAACCAAGUGUAUGCUACCCAGGUUCUCUUUUCAAUCACGUUAUCUUUUGGUUUGAUAACGGCUCUUCUGUACACGGCCUACGACCUCGCAGCUGACGAACUGUCUCUAUCUCUUUUUGACAUCGUGAUGACCAAGAUUGCUUCUGCCAUGUGGGUUAUAUAUUAUAUUGCAAAAGUUGUUUGGCUCGUUCAUACUUGUGCAGCUACAAGCAACGAGGCUAUGAAAACUGGGAUAUUGAUCCAGGAUCUCGCGGAUUCGGCUCCGAUCUAUAAUGGAGAUGUUCGCGAUGAGGUCAGUGUCUUCAUUCUUCAGCUGAUACAAAAUCCCCUCUAUUUCACGGCAGGAGGAUUUUUCACUCUGGAUUACGGCCUGCUGCGAAAGGCUACUAGAAGAAUCUUUCGCAAUUUUAUCACCAUCAACGCUCAGCUGAAAACAAUGGGAAUCCCCAAUGACUAUAGACUGGUGUACAAAACUCAAAUUAUUGAUCUACUCGUCGGUUUUACAUUCAUGCUUGUCUUACAUGUCCUGGAUUUAAUCUACAUUGGCCUUGAUUAUCCUGACCAGGUCUCUCGCAUCAGCUUACUAUUUGCCGCACAUCACUUUUUGACCUUUGCUUUCGUACUUGAUGUUACCUACACUGCUUGCGUCAGAUAUCUUUGCAACAGAUUCCGACGCCUCAAUUCCUUUCUUACAGAAUCGAAUUUACUAAAGACAAGAAAUAUACUAUCCGGAAGACCAACAAACAACCAGUGGCUCCUUGGUGUCACCAAAAAAAUAAGAAAAAUACAUCGAGAACUGUGUAAAGCGGCAAUGGAUUUCAACCGAGCGAACGGCAUCCAGAUUCUCUGUUCAGUCUUGUUGUCCUUCGGUUUGAUAACGUCUCUUCUCUAUACCGCCUACGACCUUGAGGUUGAAGCGCCGUUGGUUUUGCUUUCUGACGUCGUGAUGACCAAGCUUGUUACUGCAAUAUGGGCUGUAUAUUAUAUCCUGAAACUUGCAUGGGUUGUUAACGCUCAUGCAGCUGCAAGCUCCGAGACGGGAGCAGCGAUUGGGGACGGGGGAAGUUGGCUACGUCGGCAAUACAGAUUCAGAAUGUACCGACCGGCUGACAGUGACACUGCAACAAGAAUACUAGAGAUCACGAGACCCAACUCGGGUGGUGGGGCAGCGCUGCCACAGGGCUGCCGUGGAUUGGCCCACCUCAGGCUACGGGCUUGGAUAGGAUUUCGGUCUUCUGGAUGGUCUCUAGUCUUCUUGCACUACAGGCAAAUCUGCAUUGCCAAGGCUAUGCGAACUGGAGCAUUGAUCCAGAGCCUUACGGCAUCGACUCCAAUCUAUGGUGGAGACAUUCACGAUGAGGUCUGCAUCUUCACUCUUCAGUUGAUACAAAAUCCUCUCACCUUUACGGCAGGAAGACUCUACACUCUGGAUUACAGCCUGUUUCAAAGGAUGAUCGGAUCGGUGACAACUUAUCUCGUUAUUAUGAUACAAAUGCGAAGUAUUUACGAAACACAACACAUUCGAAAUAAUUCAAUGUUUUCUACGGCACUAGCAGAAAAUACCACAGGUUAAAAUUACUGCCAUCUAUGGAAAUAAA